UAAAUAAAUUACAAGGAUGAAGAGACAAAAAAGUAAUUCAUCUGAUUUACCAGAAAAAAAGAAGUUUAAAAAAUCUAUCAAUGUUUCUAAAAAUAAGGAUUCUCGAUUGAAACGCAAGCGUAUAGAGAAAAAGAAAAAAGUUUCAAAUUAUGAAAAAUUUUCUUCAAAAAAGAUGAGUGAUGUUCCUAGUAAACAAAAAGAUUCAAAAUUUUAUGAGAAACAAAAACUGAAUGUGACAAAAUCUAUUGCAACAAACGAGUCUAAUAAUGCAGCACCAAAUGAAAAACCAAAUUGGCUAGAAUAUAAAAAGCAACAGAAGGAUUUGAGAGAUAAGAGAAGGGCCAAAAAGUUAGAUGACAUAUACGAUAUUUCCAUUAAAGCAAAAAAAAUUGGAGAAGAGCUUCGUAGAACAAAAUUAUCCGAGAAUAUUAAAGAAAAAUUAACAAAAAAUUUGUACGAUUUAAUUCAAAAUAAAUAUGCCAAGCUCAUAUUUUCUCAUGAUAUAUCUAGAGUGAUUCAGUGGCAACUGAAAUAUUGCAACGACGAUACAAUGUCAGCUAUAAUGGAAGAAAUAAAACCAAAUUUAAUCGACAUGUUUUAUUCAAAAUAUGCAAAAAAUAUUAUAAAGACUUUGUUAAAAAGGGGCUCGGAUAAUGUUAAGCAACUUAUUCUCCAACAGUGCAACGGUCAUGUUGUGAAAUUAUUGAGCUCCGUUAUAUCGGCUCCAAUAUUUGAGAAAAUUUACGUUGAAAUUGCAUCCCCUUCGGAUAAAAAUAUAGUUAAACAAGAAUUCUACAGUGAUUUAUAUAAAAAAUGUAAAGAUCCUAAUGUUAAGGUUUUAGCCGACACCUUCAAAGAUGCCGGAGAUAUGAAAGUAGCAAUUUUGUCAACGGUGAAAAGUAAUUUAAUUAAAAUAUUAAACAAAAACCUUAUAAAUUCUACAAUUGUACAUACUGUACUUUAUGAAUAUUUGUCAAUUUGCUCUAAGGAAGACAGAGCUGAAAUAAUUGUGAUGACUAGACCAUUAAUAGCAGAAUUAUCGCAGACAAAGGAUGGGGCAAAAGCAGCUAAUUUAUGCAUUUGGCAUGGAACAAAUAAAGAUAGAAAGCUAAUUAUGAAAGCUCUUAAAGGACACGUUAAGGAUAUUAUAACAUCCGAAUAUGGGCACUUAAUAAUACUAGCUCUUCUGGAUUGCGUUGACGAUACUAUUCUUUUAAAGAAGAUUAUCUUACAAGAUAUGCUUAACGACUUGAAUGAAAUAGUUACAAAUAAUUAUGGUAAACGAGUAAUUUUGUAUCUUGUUGCGCGGAGAGAUACACACCAUUUUCAUCCAUCCUUAAUUGAAUAUCUGAAGGAAGGAGAUGGAAAUGAAACUAGUAAAAAGCCUGCCGACAUACGUGAAAAGGAAUUGUUGGAUAGCGUAGUCGAUAACCUUCUCGAAGGCAUAAAGUCUGAUAUAAAGCUAUGGUUGUCGAAGGGUUCGAUACAAUUGGUCACAUUGGCAAUAUUGAAAUGUUGUCGCGAAGAUAAGCCCAAAUUAGCUUUUGAAGCUAUUGCCAAAUUCAUAACAGAUCCUAGCUCCAAGUUAGAAAAUGGAAAAAAAGAAGCGUUAGAUAUUAUAGAGGAUCCUGGCCUCCACUUGAUGCUAAAGAAACUCAUACAAAUGGACUCGGAACGUGUUCAAAAGAACGAAUUAACGUUUGGCGAGGUACUUCUCGAACAUUUGAGUACUGAAGUAAUUAAGCAUUGGAUUAAUUUCAAUAGAAGCUGCUUUUUAUUAAUAACAUUAUUGAAAUACGAGUCGGAGAAAGCAGUUUCUGAAUUAAAGGCACAGUUGUUAAAAAUAGAAGAGCUUAAAUCGAAGAAAAGUUUAGGAGCAUUAAUAUUGUUGAAAAAAUUGAAUUAAAAGAAUCAAUCAUUGAUUUACUUUAA